AAAACCACAAAUAUUGGGUACAUGUCAAUAUUUUAGAAGUUAAGGGUGCUCUGUAAAUAACUGAAAUCAUGAGCGUGCUCUUUCGCCUUUCAAUUGCGGUGGCUGUUUCUCCUCGGCGGUCUCUUUCGUCUGAUCAUCAAAUUAAGGUUUUCUUUAGUGCAGGUGUGCACUGGUGCUAGAUUUAUAUUCUUUCUUCUGCUUCUAUGGGGACCCCAGAAACCUCUCGAGAGCCUUGUCCUGACCGUAUUCUUGAUGAUGUUGGUGGUGCUUUUGGAAUGGGUGCAGUUGGAGGUGCAGCAUUCCACUUCUUAAAAGGCAUAUAUAACUCUCCUUCUGGAGCGCGUUUAAUUGGAGGCACUCAAGCUGUACGCAUGAAUGCACCUCGUGUUGGUGGUGGUUUUGCUGUGUGGGGUGGCCUCUUCUCCACUUUUGACUGCACAAUGGUCUAUGUUCGACAGAAAGAGGAUCCAUGGAACUCAAUCAUAGCUGGUGCUGCCACUGGAGGGUUUCUUUCAAUGCGUCAGGGCUUCGGUGCUGCUUCCAGAUCAGCAAUUUUUGGUGGGGUUUUACUUGCUUUGAUUGAAGGAGCUGGGAUCAUGUUAAAUAAGGUUCUGAGUGCACCACAGAACAUCCCCAUCAUGGAAGAGCCAAUUCCAAACAUGGCUGGUGUACCUGGAUAUCCAAUGGGGCAAUUGCCAGGUCAAGCCCCUUCAAUGGUUGAGAGUCCAUUGCCAUCUUCCUCUUCUUGGUUUGGAGGGCUUUUCGGUGGUAAGAAGGAGAAAUCAGCAAAGAGUACUGGAAGUAAGGCAGAGGUCUUGGAGAGCUUUGAUUCUCCUCCAGUGCCAUCAUUUGAGUACAAGUGAAUGGUUAGUUGUUAUUGUUCUGUAACUAUGCUUAUUAAUCAGCCUUUCUACCAUUUCAAUGUGUUGUAUUAUCAUCAUCCAUAUGCAACUUGCAGUUAUUGCAGUUUUAUGACAGAUUUUAAGUUGAGCCAA